CCGACAACGAUAUACACAACUACACACGCACCGAAGCAAGUGAGGCCUCAAAGAGAGACUUCUUUGACCCAAAGUGACAGAUCCGUCGUAUAAUCGAUAACCGACGUAUACGACCUAGUCAGUCCUCGUUUAAAUCAACGACGAUUGAUUAGUAAUAAAUAGCAGAAGCCACUACUCGAACGGGCUUUAAAAAAAGGAGCAGCUGGGUCAUCUUCGCAAGAUCAUAACGCUCGACUAUUGCGUUAAUUCAGCGGAGAUUCUCGUUGACUUCUAGCAUCAUCGAAAAUAUACAAAUUCAUCGUCUAAGUGAACUUGUGCAUGUGCAAUUUUGUGUGUGUGUCAUUCCAAGCUUAUAAUUUGUACAGUGUGUCAUAUAAUAAUUGCAAAAUCAUAAAAUAGUGUGAUCAAGUGCCACCCUACGUAAAAGAAAAAGAAUAUAUGUAAAUCCACUAGAAAAGAAAAUUAAGUGAAAAUUGAUUUCCAAGUAAUUUGUGUGCGUCCAUGUAAUAUACAUCUAUAUAUUGUAAAAUAUAAAGGAAGAUUAUAAAGCAGCAACAUACGUAUAUGCACAGAGAAGAGUGCAUUAGUGUUGCUCGGCCAAAAGACAGAAGAAGAAAGUGCUACUGGGUAUUUAAUAGUCGAAGUGCGCAGGUCUGCGAGUCGUCGCGUAUGUAGGCGCCGCGCACGCACACACUCGUACCCUACUCGUAUGAAAGCAGUGCAUGGCCGCCGCAGACACCGACACAGACAGGCAUCCACACACAGAUAGGCAGACGUCGCCGCUAUUGCUCCUAUACUAUACACGCAUGCUGCUAUCUACUCGAGAGCUGAUUGGCGAUCGCAGUGCGCUUGCACCGAGUUCAAAGUCACUGCAGUAGUAUUGGUGUAUAGUGGAAGCAGUAGUUGUGAUAGUGUUAUGCGUGUGCAUAUACGUACAUAGACACACUACACAAUCGGAGAGCUCCUAGUAUUGGUGAGCCGACGAACAGCAUUGACGUCUUUUGCGCCCCAAGAUAUAUAAGAGAGAGACGAGGAGAGAAGUGGGGGACAGACACACACAGCGAAAUAGGGAGACCGUGAAUCCGGUAUUAGUAUGGAUUGCUGAAAUUCCCACUAGUAGCUCUCUGUGCAAAAUUUUAUUUCGUUUUUCACCCUGCCUGCCUCCCCCAGAGCACAGCUGGGACAAUUUUUCGCCUAUUCCUCAUCUCCAAACUCUCGUCGGCAAAGAUCCGAUCGCACACGAGCAUUAAUAAGCAGCGGCAAUAAGACUCUUGAGUCGGAUAUAAUUUGAAUGAAUAGUCAAUUGGCCCGACUCAGCCAGAGCUUGCUCGCUCGCUUGCCGAGUGUCAAAAUUCGCUGGCUUAAAACGGCUGCUCCUACAGCAGGCGUUAGUACAGACUAGAGGAGAGAGGGAAAUUUGCAAAGAGUGCGAGAGAGAUGGUACGAACAGAGAGCGAGUAAUAAUGGCCGCUGUUACCGCUGCCUGCUACCUCGAUCCAGUCAGUCUCAGGUCCAAGCUCCUACAAGAGCAGGACUGUAUCGUGGGCCUGCAAAUACCCACACCCAAAUCGAUGCACAGCAGCAAUUCGGCCUCGCCGCUGCUGUUGCACCAGCAGCAACAGCACCAGCAGCACCAGCAACACCUGCUUCAGCAGCAGCAACAACAACAGCAGCAGCAGCAGACGAUACUGCAAUCGUCGAGCCAGCAGCACAUGACAUCGUGCACGACGCCGACGAGCAUGGGUGGCCAAAUACCCGGUGCUUAUCACGGCGGUCUACUGACGCCCUUGUCGAGCUCCGACAGCCCCGACCGGAUAAAGCUCAUGACGUCGCAGCAGACGCCGAGCACCAUGAAGGACUACUCGAAGCCGCUCCACGUCGACUGCAGUGUUGAAUACGAGUUGCCCAGUGCCGCGAAACCACCGCCUGGACCCACGGAGCCGCUGCUCAUGAUCCACCCGUGCUACUAUCGCAGAACCGAGGCGGAGACUCGCUCGCCCUUCGUCAACAAUCUGCCCAAGAGCAGCCUGUCCUGUCCACCCUCGUCGUCCUCGCUCCUGGCGGCCAUGUCGGCCUCGGCCUCUUCCGUGGCUGCCAUGCAGAGGAGCCGACGAAGGCAGAACCUGGCCAAGAAGCUCGAGGCAACGAUAGCGCCGAUAGCAGCUGUAUCGGCAGCGGCGCCGGUGUCUGCAAUGUCAGUGGCAGCGGUGGCUCCAGCACCUCCACCACCUGCGAUAGCCGUGGCAGCGGUAGCCGCGGCUAUCAGCGCUAGUCAGGCCAGACAACAGCAGCAGCAGCAGCAGCAGCAGCAACCCCAGAUGACGGGGUUGAUGGCUGCGGCGAAUCCUGUGAUGCCAUCGGUGGCCCACACGCCCCAUCACCAGGUCAUUCAUCAAAGGAGUGCGGCGCCCUCGCCCUCGUUGGCCUGCAUUCAGGACGUGCAUGCCUAUCAGGCCGCUGUCUCGGCGAUGCAACAACAGCAGCAGCAACAACAACAACAACAACAACAACAGCAACAGCAACAGCAGCAGCAACAACAGUGCCAGAAAAAAAUGACUCAGUGUCAAGUGCAUCAGCAGCAGCAACAACUACAGCAACUGCAACUGCAACAGCUGCAGCCAGAAACAGCCAGACAGCCUCACUUGAUGCAGACGACGGCUAUGCUGUCCCAACAGCAACAGCAGCAGCAGCAACAAGCAGAAACAACGUUACAGGAUAUGUCGGACCCUGCCACCGUUGAGAAGCUGUUGAACCUGUCGAGCAUGUGCUACAACGGCCCGACGAAUACGAGCACACAGCAGCAGCAGCAGCAGCAGCAACAGCAAUUGACCGCACAGCAGCACAGGUACAAUCAAUCGGCGGCUGCAGCAGCUGCGGCAGCGGCGGCGGCGGUAGUCGGUCUGUACCCUGGACAGCAAGCGAUUCCAAAGACCGGAGGAAGCCCUCUGCUACAUCAUCCGUACAGAAGGACACCACCUCGCAUGCCCCAGCAGCAGCCGACAAUAGCCUCGUCACCGGUGCAAGCCCAGCAAGCCAUAAUGCCCGAGCUCUACUCGUCGUAUCUGCAGCAGAUGAGGUCGAUCGCCGUUUACGAUCCGCAGCAAGCGAAUCCGGGCUCGCUAUCGUCGCGCAACUCCUCGUCGCUGUCCUCGGCAUCGUCCGCGACCGUAAACGCGCAUUAUUACUCAGGCAACGUCAACUUGAGCAACAGCAGCAGCAUCAUCAACGACAACAACAACAACAACAACAUCAGCCGUACCAACAUCCACCAGCAACUCUGCAACUGCGGCAGAUCCGGCCCCUACAAUCCAAACCCAUAAAAUGACUGAUUUAUCUAGGAUUAAUUUCGUCGAUAGCAGCAGCGUUCGUCGUUAUCGUCGUCUCGAGCGUAUUCCACGUAAUCUUCGAAUUCUUCGCACCGGCAGAAGAAACGUCGUGAAAGGACGAGGCUCUCUACCCGUGGUAUGUGAAUGUGUUUCGUCGUCUUCGUCGUUAAAAUUUCGAUGGAAUAAUUGUGUUUAGUCGUUUGGCAAUUUUGUUGUUUAUAUUGAAAUUGGCCAUAUAAUCCACGUAAUUGUGCGCGAAGCUUAACUUCAAAAGUAUUAUUGUUAUCGUAAUUAUUUCUCCUGUAUAUAAUAUUAUUUAUUAAUCAGAGUGAUAAAUGUGCAGUUCGUUUCGAAAUGAGUUUAAUCCAACGAGUGAAGUAAAAAAAGGAAAAUAUUUGCCGGCGGAAAGUUGAAAACUCGAAGGAGAGAGAAAAAAAUCAUCAAGUGAGUGUGAUUUGAAAAAGAUCAAAAAAGAUCUAUUGUGCUCUGUGUCGUAUGCGUGUACGUAUGCGUACAUCGACAGUGUGCCGAGAAGCUCUGAAGCUUUUUUCAUCUCAACCAGGUUUUUUGUUUUAUACACGUGCAACAAAUGCAAAGUUACGUAAAAAAAGAGCAUCUCGUCGGUAACGAUAACGGCAACAUCAAAAAAUCGUUGAUCACGUUUUUCGUGCGUGUGAAUGUGUGUGUGUAUGUGUAUGUGCGUGUAUUAUUUUGCGCGAUCGGUACAACCGAUAAAAAUGCUAUCAUCCAAGCCUUAGAUGUGCAUCAGCCACGCCAAGAGCGAACACAAUGUAAUAUACCAAAUCCUAGACGCAUAUAGUAUAGGUAGUGAAUGAACAAAAAAUUGCUUUUCUUCGCAUAUAAGCGCGCGGCGGGUACCCGCAAGUAACUCUCUCUCUCUGUAUAUAUCUCUCUGCGGAUAUAUAUACACACGCACACAGUUACAAUGUGUUGCUGCUUGGCAUUAUUCGUAACGUAAUGUAUUCUCUAUACCCUAUGCGCGUACGAAAUUUCCACGUAUAAUCAAUUCGCCUCGUUGUACGGUAAUUACCACGCAUACACGUAAAAGCGCACGUACAUGCGAACUCGCGUACAGACACACAGACGCACUCACACAGACAUUAUAUAGACACGCAGGCCCAGACACUCACAUAUAUUGCGAGUCAUCAUCGCCGUGCAUACACAUACACAAUACACAAGAGAGCCAUGGCAAGCUGGAGUCGAGUCUCUUCUUUUCCUUUGCUGAGCUGCUUCACUCGUGUGUGUGUGUGCAGCUCGAGAGAUGUGAAAUAACCUGUGUGAAUAAUAUACGCGUUUUUUUCUCGUCUCUUUCCUUUAAUUUUUUUUCUUUUUUUUUUUUUUUGUUAUUAGCCAUGCGCUCGUGAAUAUUCUUCUUUGUAUAAAAGCCUGCGGAAUUGAGUCUUUGUACAUCGUAUAUACACUUACGCUGUAAUGUAAUAAUAAGCGUAGAAAAAAAGGGGUGGGACGACGAGCUCUACCAUGAGGGAGAAUUAAUGUUUUUCUGAAAUUCACGCAUUUUAAGCGAAAGUCCAUAAUUUGCUCGGCUCGAAAUCGAUGAGUAUUUUAAAUGAGAAAAAAUAAAGGAGGGAUCCGAGAAUGCACGCGAGAGGUCAUGGCGUAUUUGCACGUAUAGACAAACGUGAAAAAAGCUCCCAACAGCAGCUUGGCAAGUCUCCCUUUUUCUUGGUGGACUCCACCCCUUGCGCUAGAUCUUCCAAAUACUACACGACGACAACCUACUAUUAUAAUAAUACUAAUGACGCUCUAUAUUUUACAUAUAUAUUCGUAUGCAUACUACACACUAUAUGUAGGUACGCAUGACACAUACACACACUCAACACACAAAAGAAAGUAUGCAUGAGAAUAUAAAUUCGAGUGUACGUAAACGCAUGUACUAAAUGAUUUUAUACAUAACAAAAUACGAAGCGCUGCCAAAACGUAUGAAAAAGCAAUUUUGGGUAUUGUAUAUAUCGUGUACGAGAAAAAGCAAGCACGGAUCGUAUUUAAUGAUUCCAGUAUAUUUUAAUGCAUAUGAGCAGUCUGAUAUUGAAUUCUGCAGAUGUCAAGAUGACCAAACAUUUUUCUGCAUCAGAGGUCAUGAGAAUGUUUUUAUCAAAAUCUUUUCGAAAAAACUUAGUCUGAUAUGUCAUUCUUAAAAUUCUUUCAUUGCGUUUGCAUCAUUUUCAAAAGCUGAUUUUUCCAAUUUCAUUUAGCUGAGUGAAGAAAAUUUCGCGUGUUUGACCCGUGCUUUAUGUAAAUCGCGUUACAUAAGCUUCUUGUACAAAGCGAUGCAACCGUUGCAUGAUUUGGGUAUACGUCUGCUUGAUUUUGCUUUUUAUGUUAUCGAUGUAUACUAAGCACGCUUGGAAUCGGGUCCACUUAAAUAAUUUAACGCAAAUUAUUUUUUCCUUACGACUGAUUCAGAUCGAAUGAGCGCGUGUUUAAGUGUAAAUAAGUAAAAACUCGAAAGGUAUUGACGAGGCACGAUUUUUUCGAUCUUGACACAUAUUGUAUAGAGUAAGGUAGUAGUAAAUGAAAGAAAAAAAAUACAUCAUGUAACCAAAAGAAAAAAAAGUCGAAUAAUACAAUAAUAGCCUGUAGUGUCGGAGUUUUUAACAAUAAAAAAACAAGUAAUCGAAGAAAAAACGUGUAUGUCGAAAUACAUUCGGCUUCGUGGACUGAUCACCGUAUAAUAAUAAACGUUAGUUUACAUUACAUUCGAUGACAAUUAACUCAUUCAUUGAAAUAAUAACAAUAGCAAUGAUAUCAAUGACAGAAAAUAAUAAUAAUGAUAAACGCGAGAGGAAAACGAUAGCGGCCUUAGUUCCUAUAAACGCAUUUUUGUCGAUGUGAAUUGUAACGAACAAGUACGUGAAUAAUAAUAGUAAUAAUAAUAUCGAUAUUUAAAAAUAACAAUAAUAAUUAAAAUAAUAAUAAUAAAUACGCUAAGCUAAACGCUACUACAUUAUUGUACGAGUGAGACAAAGUAAAUUGCGAUUUUAUUGCAUUUUUUUGUACAUCGCGGAAAAAUUAUUAUUACUAUUAUUUUAUGACAAAAGACUCGUUGCGAAGCGUGCGAAGAUUGUAUGAGCGUUGAAAAGUAAAAAAGAAAAAAAUGAAUGAAAAAAAAGAAAAAUUCCAAGGAAUGAAACGAAUCUUAGACUGCCUAUAGAUAAGAAACUCCUAGCGAGCCGUUGCUUUGAAAUAUUUAUACAAAAAUUGCAUGCGAAAGACAUACGUUACAUUGAUAGUUCAAAACGACUUUGCUGCACAAGCAAAUUUUUUCGAUAAAACUCGUUGCUACGAUACCUACGAUGUAGAAUAAAUGUCUGUGUUUACAACAAAACAAAAUUCACGUAUUUUUCUGUAUACAAAAAAAAGACAAAAGUCGUAUUACCACGAGAGAGGAGUUUACACUAAUAUACACGCUUGUGACUAAUGAUUUAACAAAGCAUCUGCGAUUAGAGAUGUCGAAUGUAUCGUGAGUGAGCGAGACUGUAGUUGAAACAAUUCAAUAUAGCUGUAUAAUAUUUAAAAAUUGUAAAUAUUUAAUGAAAUAUAGGAUUGAUGGCGCUGAAAUAAUGAUCGAUCAAAAUGACUUUUGACGUGCAUCCCGUGUGAAAUGUAAAAAAAGAAGCGAUAUAUUUAUAAAUAACUUGACCUCUAUGAGGGAUGAAACAAAUGUGAUCUCUAAGAAUAAAGAAUAAACAAUUGUACAGUAACGAAAUAAAAAAUUAGCUAGGUACUGUAGAUAUUCCGUAGUAUGUAUAAAAAAAAUAUAAAAAUCGAGUGUGAUAAUCAACAGGUAAUUGUAAAAAAUUUUACGCAAUGCUAUAAGAGGCCCCACAAACGAGCUCAAGUGGUUCUGAUGAUAAUACGCUAAUUAUUAUUAUUCGUAAUCAUUGUCCGUAAAAAAGAAUGGCGCGAAUGGUGUUACUAGAAAUUGUAUUAGAUUCUUUGUAAAUAGCCGAAAAAAACUCGAAACUACAUAAUAAUAAUGGUAUAUCGAUUAUUACCAAUAGAAAACAAAUAUAAGCUGAUACGAAAUAACAAGCAUGUUGUUUUCUUUUCUUCUUUUUUUGUAAAAAAAAUAAAAACAAAAAACAAAAAAACAUAAAAAAACCAAUUGAAUAAAAAACUAUUAUAAAAUUACGAAGCAGCCUUGUUCGUCGUAAUAUAUUAUUGAUUACAAGCAAACAAAAAAUGUGUAUAAUACAAUUGUAAACCCGUUAUCAUAUUAUAUAUCAAUCAUGGAUAAUAACCCCGAAAAAAUACCGCUUAGAUAUAAUACGCGACAAUUAAAUUAAUAAUAUUUUUUUUUAUUAUCAUUUGGUUCAUUAACAAUUGUCAGGAUAUUAUAUUCUCACGUUCUUGUCCAUGUGCGUAUAUGAUGUUACACCUAAAAUAAUAUGAUGACAAAAUCAUGCGUGCUGCAUCAGUGUAUGUAUGUGAGUAUAACAGAUACGAUACAUAUAAAAGUGCGUACAUAAUGUGUAUUUCGCACGUGCUCGCACACGCAUGUAUACAGACAUCCAUAAUAUAUAUAUAAAUAUAUAUUGUAAUCUUGUCGACGUAUAAUGUUCAUAUAUCUUUUCAAGUCUCGGAUCGAUGAGAUAAAAAAGACUUACAAGUAAAACAUACGACCCACACACACACACACACAUACACACACUACACAAUCGCAUGAAAUUUAAAAGAAACAACAAUUAAUUGUUUACACUAUGAAUUACACACUCGUAUGAUGCUUCGUUUUUUCGAAACUGUUAAACAUUUCAAAGAAUAAAAACGAAAAGAUACUUUUCUAAGAGGAAGUCUUAAACCACA